UUUAACUUGGAAGUUAUAAAACUUCUAAGAGUCUUACAGUUUUAGCUCUUACAUUUAGGUCUUUGAUCCAUUUUCAGUUAAUUUUGUAUAUGGUGUGAGACAGGGGUCCAAACUUCACUUUUUCACAUGUGGAUCUCCAGUUGCCCCAGCACUGUCUGUUGAAAAGACUAUUCUUUCCCCAUUGAGAAUUUUUGGCCCCCUUGUCAAGUAGAAAUAUUGUUCUAAACCACAAGUCAGAACACUUGGACUUCUUGGACAACCCGAAGCUUUCAUGAAAGUGUUUGAACAAUUCAGUGUUUCUACCAAAAAUGGUGCACUAUUCGUAAUGUUGACUCUGGAAUUGGAAGGAUGGAAUCUGACCCUACCAAAAUCUGAAAUGUAUAUAUACCUGCUGUCUGCUCUGUGGGUCCAUAAGAUCGUGGAUAGAGAACAGCUGUUCCUGGUCUUCCCAGGGUGGAGGCCGGGGAUGUUGAGCCAUCUGCUGAAGGGCAGGUUUUCCGAUGAGUCAUCUUAAGGGAAGUUUGAAAAUUGCUAGUAACAGUGCUCGGCAGCACUGAGCUAUUUGUCAGAUUCCGUGACUGUAGAUAGCUAGGUAACGUGGUUUGUUUAUAGUAUCAUAUUGGAAGGACUGCAUUGGGAAGAACACAUGAAACGAGCAGUUUUGUGCUUGUCAGUGUGGUGCCUGUUAAUUGGGUAUUGCAGCAACUGAAUAAUGACAGUUAAUGGUGGUGAUGAUACUAAUGGAGGUGAUGAUACUGCUGUGUUCUAGGAGAAAACCCCAGCUCAGGGGCCAUCGAGUGUUUCAAGCUGCCUAGAUAAUAAUGACAUUGGAGGAAAAAAAUGAGUGUUUUCCUUUGGAUCUGAAUUUUUAAAAAAAUUAACGUGGAAAGCAGCAGUAGUAGUAUUUUUGCCAUCAGUGUCUUUCUUUGUCUGGCUGUUAGAGAAAAUGGGAGUAUAGUUGGAGGUAGGAAGAACUACUGAAGUUACUUAAGGUUAAAAAGAAAAGGAGUUAAGAUUGCAUUCUAUAGCAAAAUAUAGGCUUGUUCAUCUUUAAAUUUUAAGGAGGAAGUUUUUGUUUGUUGUUCAGUUUGUUUUUAAAGUACCUGUUCUGCUUUUCCCUUUUGCUGACCUGUCUUUUCUGAGCAGGAGAACAGGCCAGACACUCUGUCAGUGUCCUUUAUGCGUAUUCUGAUCAUAUUUGGCUUAAGAGGAAGGGUUCGUAUAAACUGUGUAGAGGAUAGUUUAUGUAACAUUUAUUUCUGGGUAAUUCUCAGCAUGUCUCAGAGCUUGGAUUUCCUUCAGGCAGGAGUGGAGGUGGGGUGUAAUUCCAACUUGACAGCCCCGGCACUUGCUUUAAGGCAGAUUUAAGGGCAACCAUGUGUUAGGCCAGCAGGCACUGUAUCUCAGGGCAGAGGGCUGUGGUGAGCCUCGUCCCUGCCCUGGGGCUCCCUUCCCCUCCCACAGCCUCUUUCGCUUUGACUGGAAGCUGCCGGGAUCUUUAUGGGGAGAGGAACUGCACAGUGUCCUUAUCCCUUCCUGACUGGGUCCCUUCCCGGAGGCAUCUGGAUUCUGACUCAUGCUUGGAAGUGGUUCAAGACCCCUCUGGGGACAGUCUAAACUCUUUCAUGAUCUGGUGGGUGCAUCAGCUGCUUUUGUAAAAUGGCUAGCGUAUAUAGAGUUACAUACUAGAUUUAGUAAAAUUACAAUCCUCAAACUCAAGGUCUAUUCAACCUUGGGGGAAAGUUAAACUCAGAAAGGUGACCUGUAAAACAGAAGAGCUAGCGCCUGCCUUCUAGGGAGUUGGUGGGGUUCGUGAAGAAUCCUAACAUGUCAAGUUGAUGACCACAGAGCACCCCAAGACGGUCGUGAGAGACUUCAGGACAAGAAUGUUUCACUUAAGGACUUGUGCUGCUAAGUUGAGGCCGUUGACGGCUUCCCAGACUGUGAAGACAUUUUCACAAAACAGACCAGCAGCAGCUAGGACGUUUGGGCAGGUCCGGUGCUAUACUGCCCCCGUUGCUGCGGAGCCCUUCCUCAGCGGGACUAGUUCGAACUAUGUGGAGGAAAUGUACUAUGCUUGGUUGGAAAACCCCAAAAGUGUACACAAGUCAUGGGACAUUUUUUUCCGAAACACCAACGCCGGAGCGCCCCCGGGCACCGCCUACCAGAGCCCGCUCCCCCUGAGCCUGGGCUCCCUGUCAGCUGUGGCCAGAGCGCAGCCCCUGGUGGAGGUUCAGCCCAACGUGGACAAGCUGGUGGAGGAUCACCUGGCAGUGCAGUCUCUCAUCAGGGCCUACCAGGUCAGGGGUCACCACAUUGCAAAACUUGAUCCUCUCGGAAUUAGUUGUGUAAAUUUUGAUGAUGCUCCAGUAACUGUUUCUUCAAACGUGGGGUUCUACGGCCUGGACGAGUCUGACCUGGACAAGGUCUUCCACCUGCCCACCACCACGUUCAUCGGCGGACAGGAGUCGGCCCUUCCGCUGCGGGAGAUCAUCCGGCGCCUGGAGAUGGCGUACUGCCAGCACAUUGGGGUGGAGUUCAUGUUCAUCAAUGACCUGGAGCAGUGCCAGUGGAUCCGGCAGAAAUUCGAGACGCCUGGGAUCAUGCAGUUCACCAACGAGGAGAAGCGGACCCUGCUGGCCCGGCUAGUGCGCUCCACCAGGUUUGAGGAGUUCCUGCAGCGGAAGUGGUCAUCUGAGAAGCGCUUUGGUCUCGAAGGCUGCGAGGUGCUGAUUCCUGCCCUCAAGACCAUCAUUGACAAGUCAAGUGAGAACGGAGUGGACUACGUGAUCAUGGGGAUGCCGCACAGAGGGCGGCUGAACGUGCUUGCAAACGUCAUCAGGAAGGAGCUGGAGCAGAUUUUCUGUCAGUUCGACUCAAAGCUGGAGGCAGCUGAUGAGGGUUCUGGAGACGUGAAGUACCACCUGGGCAUGUAUCACCGGCGGAUCAACCGUGUGACCGACAGGAACAUCACCCUGUCGCUGGUGGCGAACCCUUCCCACCUGGAGGCUGCCGAUCCCGUGGUGAUGGGCAAGACUAAAGCUGAGCAGUUUUACUGCGGGGACACCGAGGGAAAGAAGGUCAUGUCCAUCCUUCUGCACGGGGAUGCUGCGUUUGCCGGCCAGGGCAUCGUGUACGAGACCUUCCACCUGAGUGACCUGCCGUCCUACACGACUCACGGCACUGUCCACGUGGUCGUCAACAACCAGAUCGGCUUCACCACCGACCCACGUAUGGCCCGCUCCUCACCGUACCCCACCGAUGUGGCCCGAGUCGUGAAUGCCCCCAUUUUCCACGUGAAUGCGGAUGACCCGGAGGCAGUCAUGUACGUGUGCAAGGUGGCAGCCGAGUGGAGGAGCACCUUCCACAAGGACGUGGUGGUGGACCUGGUGUGUUACCGACGCAAUGGCCACAACGAGAUGGACGAGCCCAUGUUCACACAGCCGCUCAUGUACAAGCAGAUCCGCAAGCAGAAGCCCGUGCUGCAGAAGUACGCCGAGGUGCUGGUGUCGCAGGGCGUGGUCAACCAGCCUGAGUAUGAGGAGGAGAUCUCCAAGUAUGACAAGAUCUGUGAGGAGGCCUUCACCAGGUCCAAGGACGAGAAGAUCUUGCACAUCAAGCACUGGCUGGACUCCCCCUGGCCUGGCUUCUUCACCCUGGACGGGCAGCCCAGGAGCAUGACCUGCCCCUCCACGGGCCUGACGGAGGAUAUUCUCGCGCACAUUGGGAACGUGGCCAGCUCCGUGCCUGUGGAGAACUUCACCAUUCACGGAGGGCUGAGCCGGAUCCUGAAGACCCGUGGGGAGCUGGUGAAGAACAGGACGGUGGACUGGGCUCUGGCGGAGUACAUGGCUUUCGGCUCCCUCCUGAAGGAGGGCAUCCACAUCCGGCUGAGCGGCCAGGACGUGGAGCGGGGCACUUUUAGCCAUCGCCACCACGUGCUGCACGACCAGAAUGUGGACAAGAGAACCUGCAUCCCCAUGAACCACCUCUGGCCCAACCAGGCCCCCUACACCGUGUGCAACAGCUCACUGUCCGAGUACGGGGUCCUGGGCUUUGAGCUGGGCUUUGCCAUGGCCAGUCCUAACGCCCUGGUCCUCUGGGAGGCCCAGUUUGGUGACUUCCACAACACGGCCCAGUGCAUCAUCGACCAGUUCAUCUGCCCGGGACAAGCCAAGUGGGUGCGGCAGAACGGCAUCGUGCUGCUGCUGCCCCACGGCAUGGAGGGCAUGGGUCCGGAACAUUCCUCCGCCAGGCCGGAGCGGUUCCUGCAGAUGUGCAAUGACGACCCAGACGUCCUGCCGGACCUUAAGGAAGCCAACUUCGACAUAAAUCAGCUGUACGAUUGCAACUGGGUUGUCGUCAACUGCUCCACCCCUGGCAACUUCUUCCACGUGCUGCGUCGCCAGAUUCUCCUUCCCUUCCGGAAGCCGUUAAUCAUCUUCACCCCCAAGUCCCUGCUGCGGCACCCUGAGGCCAGAUCCAGCUUUGACGAGAUGCUUCCAGGUACCCACUUCCAGCGGGUGAUCCCAGAAGAUGGCCCUGCAGCCCAAAACCCAGAAAACGUCAAGAGACUUCUCUUCUGUACCGGCAAAGUGUACUAUGAUCUUACCCGAGAGCGCAAAGCACGGGAUAUGGCAGAGCAAGUGGCCAUCACGAGGAUCGAGCAGCUGUCGCCCUUCCCCUUCGACCUCCUGCUGCAGGAGGUGCAGAAGUACCCCAGCGCCGAGCUGGCCUGGUGCCAGGAGGAGCACAAGAACCAAGGCUACUACGACUACGUGAAGCCCAGGCUGCGGACCACCAUCAACCGCGCCAAGCCUGUGUGGUACGCCGGCCGGGACCCAGCAGCGGCUCCAGCCACCGGCAACAAGAAGACCCACCUCACGGAGCUGCAGCGCCUCCUGGACACGGCCUUCGACCUGGACGCCUUCAAGAAGUUCUCGUAGAUGCUGCCUGGGCUCCGCCUCACGACCGCCCCUUGCUUCUCCACUACAGAAUAGUGCUCCACGCUGCCCCCGCCUCUGCCCAUCCCUGCACCACACACACCCCCUCCUCGCUCACUUAGGAAUUAAGCCGCUCCCCCACGUGCUCGGCUGCCCCCAGGCCAGGUGCUCCCCAGGCUCUGUGACUUCUGUCCAGCUGAGCAACCUUCAUGGAGGCAGUGGAGAGCGGGAGGAGGAGAGGCAGCCCCCGCAGGAGUCCUGGGAGGGUUACAUCUGCCCUCACCCCCGGAUCACCCCCCAGGGCCCGCCUCAUGUGGCACACCCUUGUGCUGGCGGUCCCUGUCACCCAGCAGGGUGGCUUCCUCUCCUCAGGCUGAGCCCAGACCCCUCAGAGGAGCCACCACGGUCAGAGGCUUUGUGGGGUGGGAGGGCUCUGUCAGGACCCUUGCCACGCAGUGAGCAGAGGGCACUGUCGCGGGCUGGCUGGUGGGAGACGGCCCAAGACUGACCUGCACAGAGAGGGCGGGUCUGCUCUCCUCAGCGUCCACUUCCUCCCCUCGAGAGGGUCCCAGGCCGUGCACACUCCACCCGCCUGGAGCUGGGUGGCCCCCCGGGCCCGUGGGGUGUGCGUGGCGGGAAGCGCCACUCGGGGCUCUCGGGCGCAGGCGCAGCCUGCUCAUCUGGGUCCUGCCCUCCCUUAACCUCCAGUUCCACCUCCUUUCCUCUUUCCUUCUACACGAUGGAGACUCCGAAGCAUCCUUCUCUCUGCUGUGCCAAAGCUGGUCUGAAGGGGAGAGGAGGGCCAGGAGUGAGGGGCAGCACUAGGCCGGGGGCCAGCUCCCCUGACCUGUCACAGGGACAGAUCUGAUUUAUUUAUUUUGGUUAAAAAAAAAAAAUAACGAAAACAACUUUGCAUUGCAUUUGGCUUGACCCAUAAACUAAGUUAUCCUUGGG